GCUACGACAUGAUGAUCCAGAUCCGCCCUCCAUUCCAGGAGGUGGCGGUAAUGGGGCGCCAUUGAAGAGAAGAAGAAGAAGAAGAAGAAGACCGGAAAAAAGAAAACAACAAAAACCUUUCCGCUUGACGAUGCAGCAGCGCGAAGAGAAGCACCUGGAGGCCUCGCUGGAGUCGCUCAUCACGCAAGUGGCGCACGUGAAGAACGCCCUGCACUCCUUCAUCUUCAAGCUGGAGAACGAGUACGAGCGACUCACGUGGCCGUCGGUGCUGGACAACUUUGCUCUGCUGUCGGGUCAGCUGAACACCAUCAACAAGCUGCUGAAGAACGAGAAGACGCCGUCGUUCCGGAACCAGCUCAUCAUCCCGCUGCUGCUCUCUCAAGACCGCGACGACGACUUGGCGAAAGUGACGGAGCAGCGCGUGCCGGUCUUCAGCCACGAGAUCGUCCCCGACUACCUGCGCACCAAGCCCGACCCCGAAGUGGAGGAGCAGGAGAAGCUGCUCAGCAUCGAGGCCGCACGCAUCGGGCCCGAAGUGGCGCAGAAACAAAUCCAGACUCUGAACAAGUUGUGUUCCAACCUGCUGGAGAAACUCAGCAACCCGAGAGACGAGCGAGACGCUGAAAGCGCGGCGCUGCGCCAGAACAAAUGUUGGUUCAACCCAGCCGACACCAGCGCGCUGGUGGGGGCGGUGGCCUUCGGUAAGGGCCUGUCCAAGUGCCGCCCCNNNNUACCGUGUGCACCUUGUUAAACCAAAAGUGCGGGCCCGCCGGGAGCCCUGAUGCCCGGCGGGCCCCCCACCUUGCAGCAGGUCACCAUGGGGGCCGCCGGCCAGCAGGGGCCCCUGGGAGGACCCCCCCAGCAGCAAGGACAGCCAGGCAAGAUGCCAGGCAUCAAAACCAACAUCAAGUCAGCGUCGGCCUCCAUGCAUCCUUACAACAGAUGAGACCCCACCCGCCCCGUCCGUCACCGACGCCUUGGCCCGAGCUCCAUUAAAUGAGGGGGAAAAGAAGUCGCCUUGGUGUUGUUGUUCAACAGCCUCCCUAUGAUGUCACACAAUUCGCGCAUCACCUGACUCCGCCCAGAAAUGUUGCGACAGACAAUGCGUGUCCUGGGUCCUGAUGAUGAUGAAUGAAUUGGGCGUUCGGCUUGGUAAAUAGGCUGAGGCUAUCGAAGAGCAGGAAGCUUUCAAGCCAGGCUUCGGGUGUGGAAUUCAGGGUUCCAAUGAUUUUUGUACAACUUUUUACACCCCAAAAUAUGACUUUGUC